CACUACCUUCACCAGGCGGAUGUUUGUGUACAGUAUCGAUAACAUUGCAAGUCCGUGCACUUUAAACCGGAUCCGGUCAAACUCCACUGCACGCCUUUCUUGAUCGAACGAUCACGUGUAGCUCGAAUUUAGCAUUAGUGGUGUCGCGGAAGAGAUUACCGAUCUCUGCAAAUCAGCUUGCCCACUGAGAGCAAAGUCACAAACACGACCCGAGGCGCUAUGCCUUACGCAGCAAGAUCCUGGGUUCCCUACUGCAGACUAGGUGCUUGGCUCAGGCGAUCUAGAUUGUAGUGUCGAUCGUCGUGCCUUCGAAGAAUACGAUGUGAUGUUUCAAGCCCAGGCAGUUGAUCUCACGUGAAUGUCUGCUUGCAAGAGAGUCCUUCAGUUCAUCGCGCAGCAUGGUCUCCUUCGUUGCGGAUAUGGAUCCGGUUGGGAUGGAGACCUUUCUCUCACAGUUCGGGAUCAAGCGACAUCGAAAUGCUCAGGGGAAGAUCAACUGGACCAUCAAUGUCAUCACUCAGGAAGCAGAUGCUCAGACACAAUCGGCGUAUUUGGAUGAACGGCUUGGAUUUUGGAAGCUCCACCAGUCUCCGGGGUACGAGCCAUUGGACGCAGGCGCAGCAAAAGAAGAAGCAGAAGCACACCGUGAAAACACUUCCCCGCCGGCCGAAACGAAAUGGACCCAUUCGUUUCCCUCCUCCAGUCAUGCCCAAGCGCUGCUCGACUGGGACUGGGGAGCUACUUCACUCGGGCCUCUGGAGACUUGGCCCCGCUCACUGCAGUUGUACACCCAGAUGUUGCUCUCGGACUUUCGCCCAGCCACGAUAUACUGGGGUCCCCGAAGAAUCGCCAUAUACAACGAAGCUUUGAUACCCGUCAUCGGUGCUUUUCAUCCUGCCCUGAUGGGCCGGUCUUUUGAAGAAGUUUUGCCGCAUUCAUGGGAGUAUUUUGGUCCGCUGUUUCGCGCCCUUGAGGAAGAUGGGCAUGGGGUCGCCCGCCAUGGACUCGAGCACUCUACCAUGCGAAAUGGCUACUUAGAAGAAUCAUGGUGGGAUGGUGGGCUCAUCGCUCUUAGGGAUGAUUGUGGCGGAUAUGGAGGUGCUUACUUCUCUUGGACGGAAGCGACCAGGACAACAUUGCGAGACCGACGGACAAGAAUGAUCAACCAGCUAGGACACUCAUCGCUCUCUCCCAAUUUCUCGUUCUGGCAGCAUGUCCACGACAUCCUGGGAAAUUACCCCCGCGAUAUUCCCAUGGCAAUGAUGUACAGCAGCGACGAAGGCCAGCCAUCCAACGGGCGGCUACAUCGCAGGCACACUAUUGGAAUUGAUGAGGCACAUGUUACAGCACCGAGUGAACUUGAUCUUGCAUCGACUGAUGAAGAUACUGUGCUUAUGUCGUUAUUGCGUCGUGCACAAGAAAUUUCAGCGGAUUUUCUCGUCGUCGACUUGAGCAUUGAAAAAUUGUAUGCCACGCUCCUGGAAAAUAUCAACUGGGUAGGUUUCGGCGAGCCAAGUCGACACCUUGCUGUGGUCCCUAUAAGAGACAAAUUUCUGACCAAGGGUUUCAUUAUCCUGGGUCUGAAUCCUCGCAGAACUUUCGAUGAGGAUCAUAAGCAGUUCGUAACAGAACUAGCACGUCAGCUAAACGAGACCGCGAUAAGAGCGACCUUUCGGCAAGACUUACAGAACAGAGAGCAGGUGCUUGCAACAGAAUUGAGCGAGAGUGAAAAACGGGCAAGUAGAAUGGCUCAAAUCGUUCCAGUUGGUAUCUACGAGCUAGCUGCUGAUGGCGCCUUGCAUUGGGCGAACAGACAAUUCUUUGAAAUAAUGGGGGUUCCUCAUGGUCAGCGUCAAAAGGAGUCAUUUGUUUGGACAGAUUACAUUCACCCCGAGGACCACGAGCGCGCGAACGAAAAGAUGGCCAACUGUCUUCUACAAGGUCUCGAUAUCUCUGACACUCUGAGACUCAGAAGAAGCUGGCAACCUCCCGGAUUGGAACCUGACUCUUCAGAUACCUCCGAGCCGUUUUGGGUCAUGUACUCUGCUUCGCUUAAUCUCAAAGCAGACGGCUCAACCUCCUCCCUCACAGGCUCUAUGACGGAUAUAUCUCACCUCAAGUGGGCAGAGCAAUUGCAACUUCGGAAUGCGGAAACCGCACGGAGAGAAAGGCGCGUACAAGAGGAAUUCAUCGACAUCACGUCACACGAAAUGCGCAAUCCUUUAUCCGCUAUCACACAAUCCGCUGACGGUAUCCUGCUAUCGCUUGAAGAUGCAAAAGAGGUUGAAGAUCCUGUCUCGCUCCAAAGGAUCAUUGGUCUGAAUGCGGAAGCCGCUGAAUCAAUCCUCUUCUGUGCUGCACAUCAGAAACGUAUCAUCGAUGAUAUACUCACGCUUGGCAAGCUUGACUCGAAGUUGCUGACGAUAUCGCCGGCCGCAUUUUCUUUGCAAGAUCUCCUCGAUCAAGCUCUGCAAAUGUUUAAGGCGGAGUUUGAGGUCAACAAAAUACAGGUAAAGACCGUCAUUGAGAUGGUACCUGUUGAUGCAAGGCCGACUGAAAGUACGAAUUCGAUUUUUUACGGCGAUUCUUCCCGACUAUUGCAAGUGCUAGUGAAUCUGAUGACAAACGCCAUCAAAUUCACCAAGCACCAACCAUUGAGGCAUAUCAGUGUUCGUUGCGGGUGGAGCUCCUCCUCUCCUCCUCCGCAUCUUUUCGGCAAAAGCUUCCAGUGGCACUGUACAGAUCUUCCGCGGCCAGAUCUGACACAAGAUCCAGACUAUGGGCAAGGUGAACCAUCCUACCUGCAUUUCGCGAUUACGGAUAGCGGUGAAGGCAUAUCACCGGAUGCGUUGGAGCGAAUUUUUACAAAGUUUGAGCAAGCAGAUAGAAGGACCCACACCAAAUAUGGUGGUUCUGGGCUCGGCCUAUACAUUUCUCGAGAAUUGUCCGAGCUACAAGGUGGCUGUAUUGGCAUUGAGUCAGCACUUGGUAUCGGCAGUACGUUCGCAUUCUACACCAAGGUCCGACAACCAGACGCACAAACACCGCUGAAUGCCCCAAACUUUCAUACAAUACCUGGACCAGAAGUUGCCUUGGGAAAACUCGAUUUGAGAGGGGAAACGUUGCCGAGGAAUUUACAACCUCAAACAAACUACAACAUACUUGUUGUCGAAGAUAAUGUGCUCAACCAGAACGUUCUUGCAAAGCAACUUAGAAGAGCAGGGUGCAGCGUGCAAGUCGGUAAUCACGGCGGGGAAGCCGUCGACAUCGUGCUUCGGAGACUUGGUCAAGCUACGCAGUAUAACACUGUACUACUAGAUGACCAAUUGCCCUACCUCGACUGCAUACUGAUGGAUUGGGAAAUGCCUAUCUGUGAUGGUAUAAAAGCUACCAAAACAAUUAGAAGCAUCGAGAAAGAGCAGGGCGCAGAGAGGAGUCUCAUCAUUGGAAUCACAGCGAACGUAAGAUCGGAGCAGAUAGAAAGAGCGCGAGACGCUGGAAUGGACGAGGUCGUUCCAAAACCCUUUCGUGUGGCAGAGCUGUUGGCCAAGAUACGUGGCUUUGCAGCGCCCUCUUAAACAAGCGAUUUUCGAUUUGAACAUCAUUUUCGACUAUCCACUAUGUAGAGUAGAUGUCAUACAAGCAGUCAUCUGCUCUGAGCUUUGGCCGCAGUGACCCCUAGAUAGAAAUAGUCUGUCAUGGCGUGUGGAGAGCCAUCCUUCGGCGAGGCGUCAAUGGGUUCAGGACGCGGAAGAAGUCCUACCUUAUACAUUGGGUGUACUCUACCGAACCUGCAGUGUUCCUGCACCCACAUCGUGGAUGCCCAUGAUUGGCUCUUGCCUAGAUAAUGGUGGACGACGUGUGACUCAUCCGUUGGUCCUACAUUGCCUACCUAAUCGUAUCGUACGUGCGCUACGUGGUGAGAACAUCCAGC